CUGCUAACGAGCUGCUUUCCUGCGCGUUCACGUGCCAGGUCUGGAGAUGUCGGUGCCGUCUCCGCGCUCCCGGCGGCGGAGCGUAAACUGUUUUGUCUCCUCACAGGAAACGACUAAAAGGACAAAAAUGUCCAGCAGAAGGCUUUACUGAUUUUUCAGAAACCACUGGCCUGUGAAAAGACAAAGAGUCAGAAAAGCUCUCAGGCAGGAGAAAGCCCUGUAUGAUACGAUGAGCGCCCAUCUGUAAUUGAGCUUGGGCACUUUUCCCCCUCGACGAGUUGCCAUCUACAGGAGCUGUGGGAGCCAGAGUCGCCAUGGAGACAGUGGUGAUUGUGGCAAUCGGGGUAUUGGCCACCAUAUUCCUGGCCUCCUUUGUUGCCCUGGUGGUGGUGUGCAGACACCGCUACUGCCACCCGCACGACUUGCUACACCACUUCGACUCCAAACCCACAGUGGAUCUGAUUGGGGCCAUGGAGACCCAGAGCGAACCUUCUGAGCUGGAGCUGGAUGAUGUAGUCAUCACUAACCCUCACAUUGAAGCAAUCUUAGAGAAUGAGGACUGGAUAGAGGAUGCCUCUGGUUUGGUGUCUCACUGUAUCUCUAUCCUGAAGAUCUGCCACACUUUGACUGAAAAGCUGGUUGCGAUGACGAUGGGCUCAGGGGCAAAAGUUAAAGCACCAGCCAGCCUGAGUGAUAUUAUCACUGUGGCUAAGCGGAUCAGCCCAAGGGUGGAUGACGUAGUCAGAUCUAUGUACCCUCCUCUGGAUCCAAUCCUCUUGGAUGCCAGGGCCACCGCUCUCCUCCUUUCUGUCAGCCACCUGGUCCUGGUCACCCGCAACGCCUGUCACAUGUCCGGCAGUUUAGACUGGAUCGACCAGUCACUCCAUGCGGCGGAAGAUCACAUGGUGGUUUUGCGUGAAGCAGCACUAGCUUCCGAACCAGAACGAUGCAUACCUGGAGCUGAUGCUCAGAGAGAACAGGCCAUCUAAUGCAAACCACCUGGUUCGUCUGAAGAGUCAAAAAGGCACACUACCCAAAAUCAUUAUUCAUUCCAGAUAAAAGGUUGUGAUCAUAGAUGCAAGGACCAUGAAAUAUUUUUAAAGUAACUUCACUACACCUGCAUAGUGAUAUUUUCAAAGUAGAUCUCUCAGGCUGACACACAGACAUUUUUAUGUAACCCUACAGCAGAUAUUUUUACAGCAGAAUGUCUUUGGAAAUGUCUUCGAGUGUGCCAUCACUGAGCGGUGGGCCUAAAUCCAGCCUAACCAGGCCUGCAUAGUCACAUGGUGGCUUAGUCAGCUAAUCCAUUUUGAGGAAAAUAAUACCCAUUACCCAGUGAACCCAAAAGGGGCUCACUGGGUGAAUUGAAGACUAACCCGAGAUGGUUCCAAUUUUGGAGGUCAGCUAGACGUGAAUGUUUAAAAAAAAAAAAAAAAAAUCCCUCAGAUAGUCUUAUGCUGUUAAAAAUCACCCAACUGUGAAUUUUCUAAGAUCAGCAGCAAAGGAUUUAGAUAUUAUUACCACAGGGAAAAAAAAAAAAAGAAGAUUUUUCUAGUUGUGUUUCUUCCUCUUGAAAGUUUUUAGCCACACUGGCAAAUCUUAAUAUUAAUUCAGGUAUUGCUAUGCUGGUCUUACAAUGAAGUUCUCAGUAGUUUGUUUGGCAAAAAAGAAACAUGUACAGACAGAUUGUAGAAGAACCCCAAACAAUGUUUUAAUUCUUUGACUUAUUCUUGAGAGAUUCCUCAACAACUUACCAUGAAAGAUGGUAUAAGAUGAUUAUCAAGCACAGGCCAAGAAUGGCUGAUUUCAAGCCAGCCCACUAUUGCGGACUGCUCGUCUGUUAUACAUAUAUUAUCAAUUCUUGCAUAGGAAAUGUUGUUUAAGGUGGUUGUUACAUUUGCUGCACAUGUGCACAUCACUUUGCAUUAUCCACUGUCAGACUUAAUCUCGUCAGUUGUCAUUUAGGAACCUUAUUUUCUGUGACAGUCGUUCUCCAGAAGUAGAGCCAUAUUGUAAAAUAUAAAUUACUCUAGAUGGAAAAAACAAAUCUUAGCCUAAUUAGCAAAGAUUAGCAUGCUAUUAUUAGCAUGUUAGCAUUUUCUCUCCAGUGACUCUGGACUUUGUCAUUGCUAGACAGUAAGUCAAGAAAUGCUGACAACAAAAUGAAAAAAAAAAAAAUGUCUCGAACUCAGCCAUAUUAUGCUAAAUAUUAGCAUGCUAGCACUGUCAAUAUGAGCAUGUUAACAAAAUAGUAGGGGUUCUUUUUGUUUGCUACUCUUGUUUCUGUUUUGUUUUGGGGUCUUUUGUUUUUUUUUUUUUGUUAGAGAUGGACAAUGAACCAACCUGAGAGUGACAUCUUAAAAACAAAUAACUAAAAAUUGCUGUAGCUGUAGCGUCCGUUUCUAUGUGCAUACUACCAAAAAAGAAAAAAAAACACAAACAUUAAAGUAGACCGACAUUCACAUCAAAAUUUGUUAAGCGAUACAUGUGUUACAUUGUUUUUCCUUUAAUAAAUAAUGGGCUUCCAUGCAUCAUUGAGAGAUA